AUGUCGAAGACAGGCUACAACACCCUCCUUCUCCGUCGUCAACUCGCCGAAUUGACCAAGCAUCCUGUCGAAGGGUUCUCAGCAGGUCUUGUAGACGACGACAAUCUCUUUGAAUGGGAGAUUCUCAUCAUCGGCCCUCCCGACACCUUGUAUGAAGGGGGUUUCCUCAAGGCUCGGCUUACCUUCCCUCCGGAGUACCCUCUCCUACCGCCGAAGAUGCGGUUCCUGACGCAGAUGUGGCACCCGAACAUCUACCCGGAUGGAACUGUUUGCAUAUCAAUCUUGCAUGCCCCCGGGGACGAUCAAUACGGGUACGAGGAUGCUGGUGAACGAUGGAUGCCAGUACACACAGUGGAAACUAUUCUCAUCAGCGUCAUCUCGCUCUUGUCGUCUGACACACCCAAUCUGGACAGCCCAGCCAACGUCGACGCUGCGAAGGAGGUGCGAACUAAUCUAGCUGGCUACAAGAAGAAGGUCAGGAGGUUGGUGAGAGAGAGUGCCGAGGAAGCGUACGACUGA